UCUAUCAUUCUCUCUCAGACUGUGUGUGCAGUAAAAUGGCAGCAGCUAGUAUCUCAGUGGAUCAGGACCAGUUCAGCUGUUCAAUCUGUCUGGAUCUACUGAAGGAUCCGGUGGCUAUUCCCUGUGGACACAGUUACUGCAUGGGCUGUAUUAAGGGCUACUGGGAUCAGAAUAAUCAUACUGGUGUCUACAGCUGUCCCCAGUGCAGAGACACCUUCACCCCAAGGCCUGUUUUAAGAAGAAACACCAUGCUGGCUGAAGUGGUGGAGAAACUGAAGAAGACUGGAUUCAAAGCCGCUCCUCCUGCUCACUGUUACGCUGGACCUGGAGACGUGGCGUGUGAUUUCUGCACUGGGAGAAAGCACAAAGCUGACAAGUCCUGUCUUGUUUGUUUGGCCUCUUACUGUGAAACUCAUCUACAGCCUCACUACGAAUGUCCUACAUUCAAGAAACAUAAACUGGUAAAAGCCACAGAAAAUCUGCAGGAGAAGAUCUGCUCUCAUCAUGACAAACUGCUGGAGGUUUACUGCCGUUCUGAUCAGCAGUGUAUCUGUCUGUUGUGUGUGAUGGAUGAACACAGAGGCCAUGAUACAGUCUCAGCUGCAGCAGAAAGGACUGAGAAACAGAAGCAGCUGAGGGAGACACAGAGGAAAUUCCAGCAGAGAAUCCAGGAGAGAGAGAAGGAGCUGCAGGAUCUGAGACAGGCUGUAGAGUCACUCACGCGCUCUGCACAGGCAGCAGUGGAGGACAGUGAGAGGAUCUUUACUGAGCUGAUCCGCUCCAUUGAGAGAAGGCGCUCUGAGGUGAAAGAGCUGAUCAGAGAUCAGGAGAAGGCUGCAGUGAGUAAGGCUGAAGGAGUCAUUAAGCGACAGGAGCAGGAGAUUGCUGAGCUGAGGAGGAGAGAUGCUGAGCUGGAGCAGCUUUCACACACAGAGGAUCACAUCCAUUUCCUCCAGGUAAGACCACCGUCUCUCAGACAAUCUGCAGUGGAACACUUCACCGGCAUCACUCUCGAUCCGGACGUCUCUUUUGGGGUUGUGAAGAAAUCUGUCUCUGAACUGAAAGAGCAGCUGGAGGAUGUCUGCAAGGAGAAAUUAUCAAAGAUCUCUGGAACAGUGAAGGGAGUCUGUCAUGUCCUGCCCCCUGAGCCCCGGACCAGAGCGGAGUUCUUGCAGUAUUCCUGCCAGCUCACACUGGACCCAAGCACAGCACAUAGAUGCCUCCGUCUGUCCGAGGGGAACAGAGCAGUGACACAGGGGGCAGUGGAACAGCCAUAUCCUGAUCAUCCAGACAGAUUUGAGGAGCGGUGGCAGGUGCUGUGCAGAGAGGGUCUGUCUGGUCGCUGUUACUGGGAGGCUGAGUGGAGUGGGGAUAAGGGGGUUUGUGCUGCAGUCUCAUAUAAAGAGAUCAAAAGAAAAGGAGGAAGUGAUGACUGCAAGCUUGGAUACAAUGACAAGUCGUGGAGUUUACGCUGCUCUGCUUCACAGUACUCUCUCUGGCAUAAAAGUAAGGGCACUGAAACCCCUGGUCCCCUCUCAUCCAGAAUAGGAGUGUACCUGGAUCACAGGGCAGGAACUCUGUCCUUCUACAGCGUCUCUGACACAAUGACCCUCCUCCACAGAGUCCACACCACAUUCACUCAGCCCCUCUAUCCUGGGUUUUGGUUAUAUUCUACAGGGUCAAAAGUUAAACUGUGCCACAGUAAAUAGGAGACAGUGUUAAAAUAAAUGUUAAAAUAAAUAAAUGUGUUAUUCCACAUGCUGUAACAGCAGGACAUAUCAGACAUGAGGAAGUGACUCUCAGAGAGAGGAUGCCCGCGCAACAGCGGUGUGUGUAACGUUCCAGCCACAACCUCCAUGCUCAACCAUGUGGAUAUUCUCAUAUGCAGAUA